AAGCUCAGCGAGAGCAUCAGAGAGACGCUGCACGCUGUUCAAUACCAGUGUUCAAUAACACCCCCCCCCCCUGAUCUCCUCUUGAAUCCACUCUGUGUUGCUCUUUCUCUCCCCGUCUCUCUCUCUUGCUGCCUCACACUCUUCACAGACCCCCCUCUCACAUAGAGGUAGAUAUAGAGCGGGGAUAAGCAGAAGGAGCUGGGUGGCAAGAGGGAUGCAGCAGGACUGUUGUUGACUGAACAAAGCCAGGGAAGGAUCGGGCAAUCCUGGGGACCGAAGCAGCUGUGAAAUGCCUCAAAGGGAGCCAGUCAGCUACUCCUGCAGAGACCUGAAGGUGAGCUUUAGCUGAGGAUGGCAGGAGAUUCUCGAGUCCUCAUGGACCACAACAUAGAGAUUGGGGCAACACCUGCACAGGUGAAGAAGCUCCCCAAACAUCUAAGAGAGGCUCAGAUAUCAACUGAUCGAACCCACUUGAUUUCUGAUCCUGUAAAGAAGCCAAGACAGCGGUACGUGCAGAAGGAUGGCAAGUGCAAUGUACAUCAUGGAAACGUGCAGGAGACCUACCGUUACCUCAGUGACUUGUUCACUACGCUGGUGGACCUACGAUGGCGUUUUAGUUUCUUAAUUUUCACACUGGUCUAUAUAGUCAACUGGCUGUUCUUUGGGUUCUUGUGGUGGCUGAUUGCACUCAUCCGUGGAGAUCUGGUGCAUGGUGAUGAGGAGGGCUGGACCCCCUGUGUGGAGAACCUCAACAGCUUUGUCUCAGCUUUCCUCUUCUCUAUUGAGACGGAGACCACCAUUGGGUAUGGUUAUCGUGUCAUCACGGAAAAAUGCCCUGAAGGUAUUAUACUGCUCUUAGUGCAAGCUAUCUUGGGUUCCAUUGUUAACGCCAUGAUGGUUGGCUGCAUGUUUGUCAAGAUCUCACAGCCAAAGAACCGUGCAGAGACUUUGAUGUUCUCACACAAUGCUGUCAUUUCGGUGCGAGAUAACAAGAUGUGCCUGAUGUUUCGAGUGGGGGACCUGAGGAACUCUCACAUUGUGGAGGCAUCAAUUCGAGCGAAGCUGAUCCGCUCGCAGCAAACCAAAGAGGGGGAAUUCAUCCCGCUCAACCAGACUGACAUCAACAUUGGCUUUGACACUGGGGAUGAUCGACUGUUCUUGGUGUCACCGCUGAUCAUCUCUCAUGAGAUUAAUGCGAAGAGCCCCUUCUGGGAAAUGUCAAUGGCUCAAAUCGAGAAGGAGGAGUUCGAGAUUGUGGUUAUCCUUGAGGGCAUGGUGGAGGCCACAGGAAUGACUUGUCAGGCUAGAAGCUCCUACCUGGACACUGAGGUCCUGUGGGGCUACCGCUUUACGCCCGUUUUGUCAUUGGAGAAAGGCUUUUAUGAGGUAGACUACAACAACUUCCACGAUGUCUAUGAGACCAACACACCCACUUGCAGCGCCAAGGAGCUGGCCACGAAGCUUCGGGACGAGCCACUUUUGCCACAGUUGCCACUCCUUAGCCCUGAACCCAAAGGGCAAACUUUUGACUCUCUAGAACCUCCGUCAACACAGGAUCUGCAAAACCAGGAGGAAGAAAGGGAGGACGUGGAUUUAUGGAGUAACACGGGAGAGAACAAUGGCUCAAAUGCCGCUUUGGCAGAGCUACCUGUUCCUGAUAGUCUGCCUGGCUGAAGGACACCAGAUUAGGCUGGAAAAUAUACUGCUUGACUUAAUCAAUGGUCACCUUUUUCCAUUGCGUUUUUGUAGACAAAAGCAGUUUUCUCUAGCACCAAAUUAUUGCAAUACUUCCUUGUUUAUUUAACCUAUAGCCUAGAUGGGUUUGUAGUGAAGGAAGAACACAUACAGAGACACGUGCAAUAUCUAUACUUACACCUAAAACAAAUGGAUCUGAUUGUCUCUUUAUAGUGCUAAAGACCGUCUACUGCUAUAACUCAUCCGUUUAAGCUGUAAUAAAUAACUAUGACUUGAAACUGGAAGCCAUAACGGCACACUGUGGCUCCAUGAAUCUUCCCAUUCUAGAGUGGGUCAGUCUGGACCCUCAAACUGAUACUCUGUUUCAGAGGCUAAAAUAUGUUGUGCCUCCUACACCCAAUCAGGAGUCACAAGCUUCACCCUGCAUAGUUUUUCUAGUUAUUAAAGUAGGUGAGAGAAUAGUUAUCACUCAUCACCAAAUGACCAGCUGAACCUUUUUUUUUCAUAGAAUAAAUCAUACACCAACCCAAAAGCUGUUGACCCCUCUUCUCGACCAGUUUUAAUGUACGUCCAGUUAUUUAUUCAUAAACAGAUUGUCCUAGAUCUUGUGUUUAAAUGUUUGCCAAUGAGUCCUGACCCCCUGCACAAAACGACCAAUUAAAAUCUCAGCAUCUCGUUUUAUAUGCAUCUUCAGGGUUUCAAUAACAGGAAAUAGUUGGAAAAUGUUUUCUUUUUUCUGCUAAUUUUCUAUUUUAAAAACCUUUUGACGGAAUAGAGAUCCUGCCCUUGUCUCCAAUGCAUUCACAGAUACAUUGCAUCAAAGGCUCCGACAUAAAGCACACUUAACUGUGACAGUAUUCCACAUUGACCCAUCAAACUCCUGCGACUGGCUGAUGCAUGUCAGGCUUAGUUUAAAGUGACUUUCAAAGUAGUUUCAAGUAUGAAAUGUUUAUUCUAAGCUACAGUACAAACUGUUUCUCAUUUUUAGAAACUAUGCUAUGAAUAUUUGAAAUGCUUCAGCAACAGAACAAAGUGGAUCAUGUAUUUUAAGGGUUUGUUUUACUUUAUUUUUAAAUAUUUAAAAAAAAUGACAUGAUUUUUUUCCCCCCCAAAUUUGGGAAAACAAGGUGCACUUCAAGAAUAUUUGUUUUUCAAAAAGAGUUUAUUCCUUUUCUAGGAUAACACCCUAAUUGUUUUUCCAAGUCUCUAAAUAUGGAGUGAUAUUCUUUUCACAAUUAUUUUUAGGGAUGUACUAUGAUAUCUACAUCUGUAAGUUUUGAAUCAUUAAACAAAAUCUUUGUAGUGAUGGAAAAUUUGAAAGUACAGUAUUAUUUUUUGCUCUUUCAAAACCUAUUUGUCCUUGUGUUUAUGGCUUUAGACAUAUUGGAGUAGGGGUGUCAAACUCAUUUUCACCGAGGGCCACAUCAGCAUAGUGACUGUCCUCAAAGGGCCAAACAUAACUUAUAUGUUUAAUUAAAUGUAAUGAAAAAUAAAUGUAACUACUCCUUAAUGUUAAAUAACUCAUUAUUUUGUAUUAUAACUUUUUAAAGUGACAGUUACA